AUGGAAAGCAGUCAUGACAAUCACAUAAUUAAAGAGGACAACAAUGGGGACUCCGACGCCCGGAUCGGUUUCGAUGAUGACCACGAAGUGAAGCUUGAACGCCGGCUUAGUCUCCUGGAUGGCAUCAUGAUCAACAUCGGUGUCAUCAUCGGAUCCGGAAUCUUCAUUUCACCAAAGGGUGUCCUGGCCGGUGUCGACAGCGUAGGAGCCACCUUGUGUAUCUGGAUGGCUGGCGGUGUCUUUUCUGUCUUCGGCGCUAUUUGCUACAGCGAGCUAGGUACGAUGAUCCCAGCAUCGGGAGGCACUUACACCUAUGUCAGGGUAAUCUUCGGAGACCUUUGGGGAUUCCUAAGCUGUUGGUCUCUGACAUUGUUCUCUCAAUCUAUCGCCAAUGCUGUAAUUGCGUUGAUGAUUUCCAAAUACUGCCUUGAGCCAUUUUACCCUGAUUCGGAAUGUCCGCCGCCAAGGGUAGCCGUCAAACUUCUCGCCGUUGCAGCCGUUCUGUUCAUCACGUUUGUGAAUUGUUGGGACGUGAAGCUCUCGUCCCGUCUUCAGAACGUGACGUCGUUCACCAAGCUUGUCGCGCUCGGCGUCAUCAUCGUCAUGGGGAUGGUCAAACUCGCGAACGGGCAUACCGAAAACUUUCAAAACCCUUUCGCAUCGACAAACAUCCAAGGACUUGCGCCAGCGUUCUACGCUUGCCUCUUCUCUUACGCAGGUUGGCAAAGUCUAAACUCGGUCGUAGAAGAACUGAAGAAUCCUUCCAGGAACCUUCCAAUUGCCGUCAUAGUUCCUCCUACCGUGGCAACCGUUGUAAAUACCCUUGCCAAUGUUGCAUACUUUGCCGUACUCUCCUCUUCGGAACUACUGCGUUCUGAAGCCGUUGCAGUCAGUUUCGCCGAGCAGGCCCUUGGAAAAUUGUCUGCCGUUGUAUACAUAUGCGUUGUCCUGUCCUGUAUCGGUUCUCUCAACGGGUGCAUCAUAUCGCAUUCAAGAACGUACUUCAUAGGCGCCAGGGAAGGCCAUCUCCCACGGUUCUUUGUCCAAGUUGGGAUACGUCACAAGACGCCACUCCUUUGCGUCGUCACAUCGUCACUUGUAACAAUCGCACUCUGUUACGUUGAUAGUAUUUUCUUGCUCAUUAACGUCUCCCGCUUCCUGAACUGCUUCUUCUUUGGACUGUUGGCCCUCGGGAUCCUGUACCUUCGAAUCAAGGAACCUGAGCGACCAAGAUCUUUUCACGUCACCUUCAUCAUCCCUGUCAUAUUCCUGAUGAUGUGCUCAUUUCUGACUGGGUUUUCCUUCUGGGGAGCACCCAUGGAUUCGCUCAUCGGCGUAGGGAUUAUCUUAAGUGGGAUACCGCUUUACUACAUCAGGGGUCGAUGUAUCAUCCGAGCUUCGUGGGUGACGCGUCUUUAUCGACGCACAAUUGUUUUCCUUCAAAAGGUAACGUUUGUUUCCCCUGAAAGAAUCAACCAAUGA